UCAAGUAAAAAUGGCGGAGGACUCAAUAAAGUACACUUCGUUUGUAGUACCAAAUGGCCAGUACGAGUUUCUAAGAAUGCCAUUUGGUUUAAAGAAUGGACCGUCCAUUUUCCAAAGAUUUAUAACGAAAAUUCUGAAAGAGUUUAUUGAAAGAAAUGAGAUAAUGGUAUAUAUGGAUGACAUCAUAAUUGGUAAUAAAUUUUUGAGUGACCAUUAUGAUUUAGUUAAAAAAGUGUUAGAAAAACUGGCACACUAUGGCCUUCAGAUAAAACUUAUUAAAUGCAAAUUUGCUUAUAACGAAAUAGAGUAUCUAGGCUACACUGUAUCCGAAUUUGGUAUACGACCUUCUGAAUCCCACAUAAAAGCCGUAACAAACUACCCAACCCCUAGAAACCAAAAAGAGCUGCAAUCGUUUAUAGGAUUAUGCUCAUACUUCAGAAAGUUUGUGAAAUCAUUCUCCAUAAUAGCACGUCCGUCGUAUGAUCUAUUGAAGAAAAACCAAAAAUUUUACUUCAACAAUGAUUGCGUUAACGCCUUUCAAACGCUAAAGGAAACAUUAGUUUCAAGCCCAGUGCUGGCAAUAUACUGUCACAAAAGAGAAACGGAGUUACACUGCGACGCAAGUGCACACGGCUUUGGGGCAAUCUUGCUACAAAGGCAAGAUGAUGGGAAAUUUCACCCCACAGCGUACUUUUCUAAAAGAACAUCUGAGGCAGAGAGUAGGUACCAUAGUUUUGAAUUGGAGACCUUGGCCAUUGUCUAUGCAUUACGAAGAUUUCGAGUUUACUUAGAAGGAAUAAAGUUUAAAAUAUUAACCGACUGCAACUCCCUAACAUUGACACUUAAUAAAAAAUUGGUGAACAGUCGAAUAGCCAGGUGGGCACUAGAGCUAGAAAACUUCAAUUAUUUAAUAGCCCAUAGAGCAGGUACAAAAAUGCCACACGUAGAUGCGCUUAGCAGAAACGAGGUCGACUGUGAAAAUGUUAUAGCGGUAGUCGACAGUGAAAAUGUAGACUUCCAACUGCAAAUUCUGCAGUCCCGUGAUGGAGAUAUAGUGCAAUUAAGGAAUAAACUAGAAAAAGAAAACAUGGAAAAUUUUGCUAUGGAAAACGGUGUAGUAUUUAAAAUCGACAAGAAUAUCUUACAAUUAUAUGUUCCUAAGGAGCUGGAAAAAGAAGUCAUUAGAACCAUCCACGAACAGUUAGGACACCAAGGGGUUGAAAAGGGCUAUCAAAAAAUUAAAGCAAACUACUGGUUUCCGAAUAUGAAAAACAAAAUAAACCUAUUUAAGCAAAACUGUAUAAAAUGUAUCAUGUAUUCCGCACCGAAUAAGCCUGGCGCUAGACAACUGCACAAUAUUCCAAAAUACCCGAAGCCAGAAUAUCUAGACGAUUGCAAUUCAGGCCCGGUGGGGAUGGACUUAGAGGCAAUACGUAAUAGCGCUGAGGUAAAUAUUGGGAAAACACAAGAGUACAAUCUGAAUCGAAGUGAACAGAAGAGGAUAAGGGUGAACACAUUUAAGGAAGGCGAUUUUGUAGUGAUUAAAAACGUAGAUACAACAGUAGGUGUGAACAAAAAACUUCUGCCGAAAUUUAAGGGACCUUACGUGGUUUAUAAAAUACUUCCGAAUGACCGUUACGUUAUAAAAGAUAUCGAAAAUGGACAAAUCACCCAAAUACCUUAUGAUAGCAUUAUCGAAGCUAGUAACACAAAACGCUGGAAGAGCAAAGAGAAGGAGGAUGAUUACGCGAUUGAGACUGAAAGAAACACAGUGGAAUCUAUCGGUGCGCUACUCAGAGGCGAAAACCGAUUGGUAGUAGGUGACUUCAAUGCGCACCACGAUCUUUGGCACUCAAGCCUGGCCAAUGAUCGGAGGGGAAACAGUUUGGCUGAGCAGAUAGACGAUUCGACAUUCUGCACCAUGAACGACGACGCCCCCACCAGGAUUGUGGGCAGCUGCAGCAGCUCGCCAGACGUAACAAUUGCUAGCGCUGGUCUGAUAAAUAGCAUAUCAUGGCGACCUAUGCUAACGUUAGCAUCAGACCAUCUGCCCAUAAUCAUCUCGAUCAAUAAGCCCACCGACUUUGCUCCCGCGGAUCACCGAACCUACACCAACUUCAACAAAGCUGAUUGGAACGGCUUCGCGGAAGUUACCGAGAGCAGCUUCGCCGCCCUCCCCACACCCACAGACGUACAUGCUGGCGAACGCCAGUUCCGCAAGGUAGUCACAGCCGCAGCAGCUCGCUUCAUACCGUCCGGACGCAUCGCGGAAGUCCGCCCAAAUUUCCCGGCUGAAGCAGCUGUACUAGCAAAUGAGCGUGACCACCUACGCCAGGUCGACCCCGGGGACCCUCGCUUGAGGGAACUUAAUUUGGAGAUUCGGCAACUGGUAAAUCAACACAAGCGGACAAAGUGGGAAGAGCACUUGAAGGCCUGUAACUUCACCUCUGGUGUGAGUAAGCUCUGGUCAACCGUGAGGUCCUUGUCCAACCCGACGAAGCGUGAUGACAGAGUGGAAAUUUCAUUCGACCAGAUAACCCGCGGCCUAAAUCGAAACCGCCCCUGUGAGAGAACUGUCCUAGUAGCGCUGGACUUGUCAAAGGCGUUUGACACCGUCUGCCAUUCCACGCUGCUAGAAGACAUUGAGGCCUCCUCUCUCCCACAGGGACUGAAGCGAUGGUCGGCGAAUUAUAUGAGUGGUCGACAAUCAUCAGUAAUCUUCAGAGAUCAAACCUCGAAACCAAGAAGAAUAAAACAAGGGGUUCCACAAGGUGGUGUUCUCUCCCCCUUACUUUUUAACUUCUAUAUCUCGAAACUCCCCCAGCCACCUGAAGGAGUUUCCCUGAUCUCGUACGCUGAUGACUGUUCGAUUUUGGCGUCUGGGAAUGGAAUUGAUGACCUCUGCUCAAAAGUAAACGGCUAUCUCUCCAGCCUUUCUCGCUUCUUCACGUAUGUAAAUUGA